AUGAAUGUGAGGGUGUUGUGGGUGGCCGGCGGACGUCGCGGGCACCGGUGGCCUCAAGGCUGUGACUUCCACCCCCACCCCCACCCCCAGGUAGACAAAGAGACCAACACGGAGACGGCGGCACCCUCCCCCACGGUGGUGCGGCCCAAGGACCGGGCGGGCCUCCCCGCCGCCCCAGGGCCGUUCUUUCCGGGGAACACCAUCAUCCGCUCCAAGACCUUCUCCCCCGGACCCCAGAGCCAGUACGUGUGCCGGCUGAACCGGAGCGACAGUGACAGCUCCACGCUGUCCAAGAAGCCCCCGUUCGUCCGGAACUCGCUGGAGAGGCGCAGCGUCCGCAUGAAGAGGCCCUCAUCCGUCAAGUCCCUGCGCCCCGAGCGCCCGGGCCCGACCUCGCUGGACCUGGAGCUGGACCUGCAGGCCUCCCGGGCCCGGCACAGCCAGCUGACCCAGGAGAUCUCGGUGCUGAAGGAGCUCAAGGGGCACCUGGAGCAGGCCCGCAGCCGGGGCGAGCGGGAGCUGCCCCCGCGGCUGCGCCAGGACGAGCGCUUCCGCCGGCCGCUGCGGCUGCUGGAGAGGAGGGUGGACGGCACGGAGCAGAAGGACGAGCUGCAGACCGAGAGGCUGAUGAGGGCGGCGGCCAAGGAGGUGCACGGGCUCCGGGGCCAGAGCUGCAAGGAGCCCCCUGAAGUGCAGUCCUUCAGGGAGAAGAUGGCGUUCUUCACCCGGCCUCGACCGCACAUCCCCGCCCUGUCGGCAGAUGACGUCUGACGGCCCGAAAAGUAUUCCCUGCACCCCCAGCAGGCCGGCGGGGGCACCCCCGUGACGCCCGUAUUUAUGUGUUUUAUAUGAAGGAACCAAGUUGCAAGUCCGCCAGCACUCCGGUUGGUUUGAGAUGAACAGGGUUUUUUUUUGUGUGUUUUUUCCUAGUUUGGGUCU